AAUCGUAAAAAGAGUGGUAGUGCAUUACAUGUUACCAAUGUAAGCAAAGGAAAAUUUUGGAAGAAUUUUAUAGAUAGUCAAUCAAUGACUCCUUUGGCUUUGACGUUUUUGGCACUCGUCUGUUCCAUUUUUGGCACAACUUCGAAAACAACUAAAUAUGCUCACGAUAUUAUUCCUGAUGACCUACAAAAACAUGACCUACAUGAAGAGAAUCCAAAAAUGACACAUUUAUAUAGUUAUUAUAAACAUACUGAUAAUACAAUAACAAGUUUUACUAAAGAUAAACAUAAAGAAUCAAAUGUUAUGAGGCAUUUUAAUGUAAAUGAUAAAAAGAAGAAAAUAAGCAACAAUAACUAUAAUCUUGUUUCUGACGAAUUGUACGAACCUGAAGUACAAGGGACACAUCUAAAAUCAAAUGUAUACGAAAAUGAUAAAGACACUAAUCAUGUAAAUAUACAUUCUGCUAAACCUAGAGAAACAAGAAAAAGACAGUACAAUAUAAAUGCUAGGAGGAAAAGAGAGACAAAUGAAGAUCCUCGAUGCCAGCCGUUCACGUUUGAAACUGGAAAGAAACGUCUGACGCAUCCGAGGAGCGUGAGAGAUCAAGAGAACAAGCCCGGAGAAGGCACUUACACGAGCAACACCACGUGUUUCACUACUAUUGAAGCGGAGGAAGGGCAGGUCAUAGAGUUGACAUUCGUGGACGUGUUCGAGAUAGAAUAUAGUGCUGACUGUGUAAAUGAUUAUUUAGAGAUCCGCAACGGCAAAUUCGGCUACGCACGCCCGGAAUACAGGUACUGCGGGAAAGGCUUUCCUCCGCAAGUCACCUCCACGGGGCCUUAUUUAUGGCUGAAGUUCAAGUCUGACGACAUCAUAGAGUACGCAGGCUUCACCAUCGAGGUCGACUUCCAACCGAAGAUCGGCAGUCGCGCAAUAGACGAAUCCUGCUAUAUAACUAAAAGUGGAAACAGCGGCACCAUCGACGGCACCAGCACCAGCUCAGACCUCCAGAAAUGUCGAGCGGCGACCCCUGGCCCACUCGAUGUGCAGUGGAAGAUAGAAGCCGAACCAGGGACUCAGAUAUAUCUGAAUAUCACAAUGUUCCAAUUAGCAAAUCCGAACAAUUGUACUAGAAACACGGUGCAAAUUUUUGGCGCCAAACCAAACUUCGAACAUUUAUUAGGGGAGUAUUGUAGUUCAGUGGCCAAGUCACUCUGGACGGAGGAGGGAAAGAAAAUCCCUGGCCCUGCCAAUAUUAUGUACAUUCGGCUAUAUACUAUCGACAGGAGAUCCAACUUCAGCGCUAUAUACACACAAUUUCGCACCGCCGAUGCAUGCGACGCGGACGAGGAGUUUGACUGCAAAGACAGCACUUGCAUCGCCAAAUCGUUGAGAUGUGAUGAAAUAGCGCACUGCAGGCUUAAGAAUGAUGAAGACCCCGUGGAGUGCAAGGGCGAGGCGCAGUCGCUGGUGCGAGACAAGGACACCCGAAACAUCCUGAUCGUGUUCUCGCUCAUCCUGUCCGGGAUGGUCGCCGUGUUCCUUUUCAAGUGCAUCAGAAAAUUAUACAACGACCAGAAGUUAAUCAAUGAGUACAAGGCGCAGACCCGCGAUGACCUCAACAAGGCCGCCAGCCAGCUCACGCUUGACCCGAAGCCCAGCAGGUGCAGGGAAAGCCCCAGUCUCGAGCACCAGAACCACCACCAACAGAGGUCCACCAGUAUGGAGUCGGACCUUCUGCGUCUGCGCGUCGACGACGACAGCUGGCCUGAGAGUCAGCCCUUUGUGGAAGACAGCAGGCACAAGAGCAGACCCACGCGGGACCUCGCCUGGAACGAACAGUUAUUGAGACAGCAGGCACAAGAGCAGACCCACGAGGGACCUCGCCUGGAACGAACAGCUAUUGAGGUAAAACCGACCAAGUGCGAGUCGGACUCGCGCACGAAGGGUUCCGACGACGACUGCUGGCCUGAGACUCAGCCCUUUGUGGAAGACAGCAGGCACAAGAGCAGACCCACUAGGGACCUCGCCUGGAACGAACAGUUAUUGAGCCCGAUGGAAGACAGCAGGCACAGGAGUAGACCCACAAGGGACCUUGGCUGGAACGAAGAGUUAUUGAGGGAAAAAGGCAAGGAAGAGAAAAGCAGAGAACUAUCAGCACACGUACAAGAGAUUCAAGAUACCGGUUGUCAGACCAGGGACAGUCUGCUCCAAACGGCUCCUAUACUUCCUACGACUAAUGCUCCAGGGUCAAAGUCACGCUCCAAUAGCCGUGCAGUGUCCGGAGUGGCUCCCCCCACCCCCACCCCUCGUCUCGCCGUGGAACUCCUAAGACAGGCCACAGCCGAAGACUCCAGUUCACGUGAGUACUAA